AGAAAAUGUUUCAUUCAAUGCAACUCGCAAAAAUGAGAUUCGUUUUGUUGGGUACUGUCUUGUGUCUCUACGUCCAUCACAUUUCCGGUCAUGGGAUGUUGAUGGAACCCCCAAAUCGCAGCUCUUUGUGGCGCUUCAACCCCAACGCUCCUGUCAACUACGACGAUGACCAAAAUUACUGUGGGGGUAUGAAUGUCCAAUGGGACCAAUUCGGUGGCAAAUGCGGUGUCUGUGGUGACCAAUACGACGACCCCCACCCACAAGCCAACGAAAAUACGGGAAAAUAUGGUCAAGGAAUAAUCGCCAAGGAAUAUACAGCUGGGAGUGUUAUCGAUGUCCAGGUUGUGCUUACCACCAACCAUAUGGGCUAUUUCAACUUCAGUUUGUGCGUUUUGGAAGAUCCUAAUGCGCCAGAAUCAGGAGAAGAGUGUUUCAAACCGAUCACGUUGGGUGAUGGGUCAGAUAAGUAUGUUUUGCCCAACACGGAAGAAGAGGACAAUGAUACCAUUAAUACCACUGUUAAAUUGCCCGAUGGUCUCACUUGUGACCGGUGUGUUUUGAGAUGGACCUACACUGCCGGAAAUAACUGGGGACAGUGCGAGGACGGGUCUUACGAUGAAGGCUGUGGACCACAAGAAACUUUCCGCUCUUGUACAGAUAUUGCCAUCCACUAAUAAUAUUGACUGUACAUAAUAAUUAUAAUAAAUCCUUUCAAAGUUA